UCACACGAGGACGCAAACACCUGAGUGCCGCAGCAGAAAUGCGGAAGUGCAGUGUGCGCACAGUUAUACAGAGGAUAAAUGUAAUGCGUGUUUUUCGGCUCGUGCUGCUGAUCGGCGUGUUUUAACCACGGAAGGAGGAUGGAUUCCCACGCGUGUCCCAUGUGGAUGUAGCAGUGUUUCAGCAGAAGAUCAGGGAAGUUUUGAGGUCAACUUCAACAUGUUUUUUAAGAGGGCCGAGGAAAACAUUGAGCUGUGGGACAGGCCCAAGGAUGGCUACAGCAUGGAGCCUUUACUUCCUUCAAUGCCUAUCCAUAAGUCCUUUGACUACGUGCUUGUGGCCCACAAACUGGAGAAUGAUGCAGACCUGAAGGCUCAGAGGCAGAAAGCCUUCAUUAACCAACUAGAAAAGAAAAAUAUCAGAGUUCAUAGAAUCGAGCAUGAAGAAAAGGUGUUCUUCGGCCUCCGUGCACCACCUGAGAUCUUUGAAGACUACCAGUACCUGUUGAAAGUCUCAGAUUCCUGUAACUGGUGUGGAGAUGUGAAGGGCGCCGUCACUCAAGCUACGAGGAUCCGAAUUGUCCACUACAUCAUCAAAAAUACCUUCAUCAACACUGGAGAAAACCUGGACGAGCUGUUGGUGAAGGGUGUGUUUGAGACCAAGUUCUGCCUUCAUCAGAGGGACAAGCAGAAGCAGCUGAAGAAGAAGUGGGCUCGAUGGUCGGCGCUAUUUACUGGUCAACCAUCCAAUGAUGUGAGGCGUUACUUCGGGGAGAAGGUGGCGCUCUACUACCUGUGGCUGGGUUGGUACACGAAGCUACUGGUGCCUGCUGCUGUGCUGGGCGUUGUGGUGUUCUUGUAUGGACUGGCCUUUUUCCAAACCAGCCCUCUCAUUAAAGAAGUGUGUGAGUCCAACAUCACCAUGUGUCCUCGAUGUGACAAAAGGUGUGAUGUGUGGCAGCUCUCAGACACCUGCACCUACACUAAGGUCAGCCAACUGUUUGACAACGAGGGCACUGUGGCUUUUGCUAUGUUCAUGGCAAUCUGGGCUACUCUAUUCCUGGAGCUGUGGAAGAGACACAGAGCGAUAUAUGUUUCCAAGUGGAAAGUGUACGACUGGUGUGAAGAGGAGGAAGAACUGAUCAUGGACAUCGUCAACGAUAAGUUCUGUAAACCCAAACAGUUCAGACACUCGUACUUCCGCAGCGCCCUGGUCCUCGCCCUGGUCACCCUCAUGCUGAUGAUUAUCAUUGGCCUGGCUCACGCCCUGGUGGUGUUCCGGGUUGUGGCGGCCCCGUUGUUAUCUGAAGGCAAGUGGGACUUCAUCAGCGAAAACGCCAACACUGUGGCUGUGAUGCUGGGAGCCGUCCUGCACUACGUCACCAUGCAGAUCAUGACUCGGGUAAACAGAUGGGUGUCUCUAAAGUUGUGUGAAAUAGAGAAGACCAACUCCUUCGCAGCCACAGAGAGAAGCUUCACAGUCAAGAUGUUUACCUUCCAGUUCUUCACCCUCUUCUCCUCCCUCUUCUAUGUGGCCUUCUUCCUGGGCAGGAUUAAUGGCCAUCCAGGAAACUAUGUGCGUAUUGCCGGGUACAGACUAGAGGAGUGCCAUCCCAGUGGUUGUUUGACUGACCUCUUCAUCCAGAUGGCUGUCAUCAUGCUGCUCAAACAGACUCUCAACAACAUCUUUGAGUUCACUGUGCCCUGGUUGAAGAGCCUCUGCAGCAAAAACGCCGCGAAGAAGCUGCAGAGGAAAUGCGGCUACUGCUACAGGAAAACCUGCCGCGACGACCAGGGGCGUAUCGAACCAUGUGACAUCUGUAAACUACGAGACUGGCUGCGUAACUACCACCUGGCCAACACCGACGCCUUCAGCCUCUUCAAUGAGUUCCUGGAGAUGGUUGUCCAGUUCAGUUUCGCCACCAUAUUUGUGGCGGCGUUCCCCCUGGCUCCGCUUCUGGCUCUUAUAAACAACAUCUUUGAGAUCCGCCUGGAUGCCAUCAAGAUGGUCCGUUUGGAGCGUCGGCUGGUGCCGAGGAAAACCAAUGAUAUCGGUAUAUGGACGAAAGUGCUGGAGGCCAUCGGCGUGCUGGCAGUGAUCGCCAACGGUCUGGUCAUCGGUGUCACGUCAGACUUUAUACCGAGACUUGUCUACCGCUACCGCUACGGGCCCUGCGCCACUGGAAUCACAGACACACAUUGCAUGCAGGGUUACAUCAAUGACACUCUGGCUGUGGCCAACUCCUCACACUUUUUACCGAAACAGAUGAUGACAGAAUAUGGUUUCAAUGUCACACAAUGCAGCUACAGAGACUACAGGAACAACGACUUCUCGUUGACGUCUCAGUUCUGGUUGGUGUUGGCCGUGCGCUUUGCCUUUGUCAUCCUUUUUGAGCAUGUUGUGGUGGUGUGUAAGUUUAUAGCUGCCUGGUUCGUGCCCAACAAUCCCAUCAGGGUGAAGAAUGCUCGGCUUCAUGACAAACUGGCAAGGCUGAAAGAUGAGCUAAGGGAAAGACAACGCAGCAAAUCAACAGAAGUUUAACACCGAGCAGAUCUGCUGCUACAAAAGCUCUGACUGAUUAAAAUCCCAAAUGAUGGAGUCUUGCUUUUUUUUUUUUUGUUUUCACAAAUAUAUUUCCUGUUAUGACAGGAAUCCUGGCUGGGAUGUUCUCAAACGCUGUACUAUAAUUGUAAUUUUAUUUUGUUAUUUUGCUUCAUGUGGCAUGAUGUAACUGGACUUUAUCUCUGACAUGUCACAAUGCAACUAUAACACGUCAGAGGUAAGAGAAAUGUGAUCGUUUUUGCAUUAAAAUGUAAGAAAUGUUUUUGUUUUUUUAGUUAACGUUGCCUUUUCUGUUAUUGUAACACUUAUGCAAAUAGUGAUAAAGUUGUGUUUCAGAGCUGGAUUUAAGCGUCAUAAUCAUGGAGUCAUUGGAUUCUUGGUUCUUAAUACAACAACAACAACAAAUCCUGUUAUAGAACCAGUCUAGUGUUUAGGGAUCUUGAUCUGUUGUGGUCAGCUGAAUGAACCUGUACAGUUUCAGUUCUUUGUAGUUUGCUUUUGGUCAAAAACUGGCCUAAUCCUAUAAAAAACUAAAUUAUACCUUCUCUAGAUUCUUCUUGGAUCAGGCCCCAUAAGAUGUUUUCUAUGUGUUUAUAUUUGAAGCUUUACGUUUCAUGAAACAGUCCUCAGAUCCAGCUAAUCUAGAUGAUUUAACCCUCUUUAUUAUCCUUAAAUAUCUUCACGUUUUCAUUUAAGGUGUACUGUUAACAUUGAAAACUUUAAGAUUCUAAAUGUGUUCUAAAUCUGUUUUUUUUAUUUAUAGGCCUACAAGUAAUGUACUAGACAGUGUUCAUGGUGCUAAACACACCUAAAAAUGUGACCUAGAAAUGUAUUAUCUUAGCGCAGGUGUGAAUGAGGCAACAGGGUACUUUACCUAGAGUUUAAUAUGAAAUGCUGUAAUAUCCAGGCUACAACAGAGCAAUGCUUUUAUUACCUUCUGCCCUUGCCGCAGGGUAGUCAUCAGUUCAUCAUCCAUAUGUGCAAAAACUUUGGUGUGGACUGGAGGCCGUGGGUUUUCAAGUGUGGGCACUUUAUGUUUUCAAAUUAAAACUCAAAUAAAUAUAA